AUGAAGCUUUCAUUCCUCACGAGGUUUCUUAUUCUCCUCUCUUUUCACCAUUUAGCUUUUAUCAUCCUUUGCAAAGCCAGCCAGAUUGACAACCUUUACGAGUUGCUUAAAUCUCAAAAAUCCCAAAAUCCUCCAAAUACUGAACUAUGGGUUGGACUAGAAGAUGAAGAUAGCCAUUUUUCUCCAGUGUAUAUUGGAGCACAAGAUGGGUUGAUGAAAGCUGACAAGAUCAAUGCCUUGCCAGGACAACCAGAAGGAGUAGAUUUCGAUCAGUAUGCUGGCUAUAUUAUUGUUGACCCUAAAGCUGAGAGAGCAUUAUUUUAUUACUUUGUGGAGUCACCUCAGAAUUCUGCCACUAAACCUCUUGUCUUGUGGCUAAAUGGAGGCCCGGGAUGCUCUUCUUUUGGAUAUGGAGCCAUGGAAGAACUGGGACCUUUCAGAGUCAAGAGUGAUGGAAAAACACUUUACCGAAAUGUUUAUGCAUGGAACACAGUGGCAAAUGUUAUCUUUUUGGACUCCCCUGCUGGUAUUGGGUUUUCAUAUUCGAACACCUCCUCAGAUUACAUAAAAAACGGUGACAAAAGAACAGCGGAGGACUCUUACACUUUUCUAGUGAACUGGCUUGAUAGAUUCCCACAAUAUAAAAACCGAGAUUUCUUUAUAACUGGAGAAAGCUAUGCUGGUCAUUAUGUACCUCAACUUGCUUGCACAAUUCUCUCAAAGAACAAGAACAAAAACCAAACAGUAAUCAACAUCAAAGGCAUUGCAAUUGGGAAUGCUUGGAUAGAUGAUGGUAUUGGUCAAAUGGGCACAUAUGAUUAUUUCUGGACACAUGCUUUAAACUCCGACGAAACUAAUGCAGGAAUUCACAAGUACUGCAACUUCACUACCAGUAAUUUUUCAAGUACAUGUCAUGACUAUCUAACUCAAGGAAACAUAGAGGCUGGAGCGCUCGAUGUUUCUAACAUAUAUGCUCCAGUUUGCAACUUAUCAUCGCCUAAGUCAGGUCCAAGCGGUUCUGUCCACGAUUUUGAUCCCUGCUCCAACCAUUAUGUUGAUACAUAUCUAAAUCUUGUUGAGGUGCAAACAGCUCUUCAUACAAAAGCUACAAAAUGGGAAGCUUGCAGAAGUACUCCAUGGACAGACAGCCCAACAACAGUUCUGCCCACUAUAAAUCAGAUCAUUUCAAGUGGAAUUAGUGUAUGGAUAUACAGUGGCAACAUGGAUGGCCUAGUUUCAGUAACCACCUCUAGGUACUCCAUAAACACUCUAAAUCUACCGGUCAACACUACUUGGCGCCCAUGGUAUUCUGGCAAUGAGGUUGGAGGAUAUGUGGUUGGGUACAAAGGAUUGACAUUCACCACAGUAAGGGGAGCUGGGCAUAUGGUUCCAAGCUACCAACCAGAACGAGCACUGACCAUGAUCUCAUCUUUCCUUAAAGGGGAACUUCCCCCCUCAGAAUAAAUUGCCAUCUGACACGUUAAUUUCUAAAAAUUCAUACCAUCCAGGAACUUGUAACCUAAGCUCAAAUUGUUUCGGCAAGGUCAUGGAUUGACUCCUACUAGAGAAAAGAAACUCAAAAAAUAAAAAUAAAAACUAUUUAUUUAGUAUCAUAUUCCAUGCUGUGUUAUUUCUUCCAUUUUUCUUUUUCUUUUUUCUUUUGGUUGUGGAAAUAAUCUACAUCAAGCCCACAAGUACAGAUGACAGAAUCUCUCAUUUGUAAAAUAAUGAGAACCUCCCUGACAUGUAACUUUAAAUCUUCCCCAGAACUCUUAAGCUUAAGGAGAUCCUACUAGCACACAUGUGCACACAAAAAUACAACCACUAAACAUUAAGCAAUCGAGUUGUGACAGUCAAACUCUAUACUGAAGAUUUAUGCACUACCUCCCUGAUCGACUACAGAAAAAGAAAAAAACUAAGCACUUUCCUCCUCUGCUUCAACCCCUCUUCAAUCAAACCUCAGCUCACAUAUUUUAGCGUGUUGAGCAUGCCAAAACAAGCCUUAAAUUGCAACACCAAAACUCAUUUACCCUCACUCUAAAAGGGAAAAACUACCAAGAUAUAUCAUCAAAUUCUCAGAACCCGAAUAACACAUAUCUACAUCUUCUACUCUGGCUACUCACGCCACAAUGUAAUAACCCCAAUUGCUCGAAUCUAUCAAAAUUAGCUGACCCACAUGAGAUGCACUCUCAAUUUCCAACAAAAUCAAUACUCAUGCUAUAACUACUACUUUCAUUCAACAGGCACUCCAUGUCUGAUGAUGGACCUAUACCACUUUCUCAUCAGUAGAAUACUUGAACAAAUAAAGUUUUUUCCGUAUUCCAAUCAUUCUGCAAUACCCAAUACAGCCUUUUUAUUUAA